AUUUGGAUUUGGUCAUAUUUGUUGUUGCGUUAUAAGUCGUUAAGACUUUACAAUAGUAUUUAAAGUAUGUUAACUAAUAAGUAAGAAUAUUAUUCAUUAGAUAUUAGCAACAUCUCCUUGUAGUAUAAUAUCUAUGAAAAUCUUUUAAGUAAAAUAAAUCCACCUUUAUUAUUAAAAUGAAAAACACGAACAUUACAUUCGGCAUACUUAUUUCUGUAUUGUUAUCAAACGGAGCAGUGUGUAAAACUUGCAAUUUUAACAUUAAAAUCACACAAACGCUUCAUAAUGAAGGAUUUCACAGGAAUCUAAGCUACUACAUAGAUUUUGCAAGUGAUGAUGAAGACGAAAAAUUGAUAUAUGAAGAUUGUGUGGUGGGAUUGGAGCAAAUACUCCCAGCAGGAGUUUAUGCAAGUCAAGAUGAAAUUAAAGAUAAAAGAUCGAAGGAUUUGAUCGAUACAAUAUUCCAAAAACCAGUCAACAUAGAACUGCCCGCCAAUAAUGCUAGUCCUAUAAGAGUUCAACUAUUUAGUGUAGUAAAGGGUGGUAAAAUAGAUAUAUACAUUCCUGUACAUGCAAGAUAUCAUCGUGCUAAGAAGGGAGGGGGGACAGUAAGAAAUAUAAUACCUUCGCCUGUAUUGUAUUUAAUGUGUUCAAACAAAAAGCUUGAUUUGUGCGAUUUCCCUGCUGCUGCUUCGGAGAAUAAUCUUUGCAAAAACGAUAUAACAAGAGAAUUAUGUCCUUGGAAAGAAAUACCAGCCAUAAUGGUAACUGAUACGCUAUUUUUGGACGUACCGAUUGGUAAUAUCGACCACUUUUAUGUGGUGGCGUGGGGUACCACCGUAGUCAUAGUAGUUGGUUCGUUAUAUCUGUUAAAAACAAUACAUAGAUAUAAGGUAGAUACAGAACAAAAGUUAAGGAAAAAACUGAAGACAUAGUCAAUAUAUAAUAUAAUUCAAUCCAAAAAAACCUUCUUGCCUUUGACUAGAAGUGGCAUAUACAGGCUGUUAAACUCAAGUAAAAUAUACAAAUAAAAA